UUGUACUUAGUACCUACUUACUAAUGCCUUUACCCUAAAAACGGAAUUCUAAGAAAGGUAUUUGAUUGCUCAAGUCGCAAUGUUAGAAUUGCGGAAUUUACAAGGGAAAAAUUUCUCAAGUUGAUAAUUUCACAACUUUUACAUUGCGAAAUAAUAUAAGCAUUGCUAGAAACACAAUGUGAACUUUGUUAAAAUAGUGAUGUUGACUAGUCCUUUGCAAAAUUGACAAAAGAAUCGUUCAUUUCGCUGGCAACAUUCGUACGGUUAGGAUGCGUGACAAAUCGCUAACAACGGAACGUAUUUAUUUAGUGAUUAUUAUUGUCUUUUCAAACAACGAACCGUUCACGUUGUUAAAAAUAUAAGGAAAUAGUUUCUUUAAAGUUAAGACAGUUAUAGGUAAAUAGUAAAUAUAAAGGAUGGACGACUUAAGUGUGUUUCUGUUCAACUGUGAUUUGAUACACCUUUUUGGAUCGCUAAACGAUCAGGGCGCGGAUCUCGAUUUUUUAUUGAACGCAAACGACCAUGAGUUGUCGUUAUUGGUCCCGGCAGCAGUUCAAAAAGGGAAACUGCGUAUGGCGUUAGACCGUGAGAGAGAACGCAGAGGAGUUACAAAAGAUCCGAGGGAUGUAGAUGUACAGCAAGUUAUAGCUCCAAUUAAAAAGCAAGACUCCUUUGUGAUUCCAUCAAGUAGCCAAAAAUCUAGUACAUCCUCUGUUGUUACAACAUCAACUGAAUUAUUGGAAUGGGACAUCAAUUGUGACGAUUUACAGUUUAUAGAUGCAAGCAAACUCAUAGGGGCUAUAACUGGCGGAAAUCUUAAACAAAUUUUAGAGACAUCCAGUAUUGGGAAACCUCUAAUCAAUAAAAAAGUAUUAUCGUCUAGUGACCGAAAGAUACUGACGGCCCUUAUUGUUGAGGCUGAGGUGCGGAAAUUGAAAGAAAACACUGACCCAAUACGAAAAGAAACCUGGGAUACGUGGACAUCAGAAAUUAUAAAGCUUUUCCCAGGUGAAACAAAGGGGGUAUAUUAUAAUCCUUUUCGUCUUGUUGAUGGAAAAGCUAUCCAGGCCAGUGGCCUGAUAGUGAACCGAUUAAUAACAGUACGCAGAAAAUUAAAUGCAGAAAUCCGCAGCCGCAGCAGAAGUCGUAACAGCAGUAAUAGCGACAAGAGCAGCGACAGCAGCGGAGACCAAAACAAGAGAAAAAAAUCUGCUGUCAAAUCUUCUAAUGCACGGGUUAGACCUUUUCCUGACACCUUUCAAACAAUAAGUACCAAUCAAGACUCUGAAAAAGAUACCGUGCAGUGGUUGAAGCACUCUUCUUCACCGAGAGAAUUGGUAGAAACAAAAUGGAACAGUUGUCUACAUGAACGCAUGGCUGCACUGCAAGAAGGCGACCAUGUUAGUUAUUUGAGCAUCUUCCCAGCACUGCAAUGUCCUUGGGGCUAUGAAUUGCUGGCCAGUGACUUUGACAAAAUAUACCCUGAAAUAGAAGGAAAGUUCGAAGAAAAUUUCCCGGUAGUGAAAGGUCGCCUGCUAUCAUUACUAGAUGAGAAGGCUCAACAGCUAACACGACCUGACACUUCUAUUCAAACUGUUUUGGAUCUUGCAACUUCGGGGGAGGAACAAGCGAAUGUUGCGACUUUUCUGGCAGUUCCCCUGUUGCUGAAACAAAUGCACACUGUUCCCGUGAAAGGAGUCAGAAAACCCUGGAACCCGUCUAGAUUAGAAGUAAGCAACGCGUUUUUAAGCUUGGUGCCAUCUACAUCGGACCUUCAAAGCCACUUCAGUGAACGGAAGGCCACAUUGCAGGAAAAAAAAUUGCCUGUUCUUCCAUAUUUGGUUGCUGUCGGGGCUUGCUGGCAGGAUGUUACGCAGUAUGAUUUAAUAAUCUCUGAAGACAUCAGGUACACGUUUCCCAGCAUUUGUAAAGCUGUUUCAAAUACUUUUAAGAUUCUAUGGGCAUUAGACUUACCAUAUUCAAAAGAUUGUGCCCCAGUCUGGAUGUUUAUCCAAAGAAGUAUAUAUGUAAUGAAGAGCAAGUUUGACACUGAAGGCACUCCUAUGCUAGAUUUGCUUGCUUCUGUUUCUAACAGGCACGAUGGUGCUGUGUGCAAUAUGUAAAAGGUCUUUUGUCCAAAUGAAGCAAUUUAAAACCCAUUUUACAUUUUAUCAUCCAGGUAAAUGUUAUAUUUGUCCAAACAUGGAUUGUGGGAGAACUUAUCAACUCUACAAUUCAUUUAGGCGUCAUUAUUUGAAAGAACAUUCAGAUUCUUCUAUGUUACAACAGGCUUCAAGUGUACAGGAUUUUGCUAUUGGACAAGAGACCUCUCCCGUGAAUAAUGAUCCAUUACAUAAUGUGUGUAGCGCAACCGAGUUUCAAAUUAAAGAAAAUAAUAGUACUAUACAGAGUGAUAGCAAACACAACACACCGCCGCUAAGCGACAGUUUAGGUCAACUUUUCUCAUCCCUGUAUAGUAAUCCCCAUUUGCCGAACAAUGUGCUAGAUACAGUUUAUAGCGGUAUUCACAACAUGUUCACUAUGUCAAUCAGACCUCUGUUACCAGUAACAUCUAGCUCUGCCGUAGCAAAACUGACAACCGAUCUAGAGAUGUUUAGUUCAACUUAUAAACGACAUCAGUUCUUUGAAAGUAAGGGUACUUUAGUUAAUCCUGAGCCUUAUACUGUAGGGCGACGAUUUGAUUACGUAAAAAAAAAAGGUAAAACUUAUUACCAAGCAGUAGAGUGCAUA